ACUGAAAGCCUAUGACUUUAUUCUGAAAACCCAUGACUUUAUUCCCAACUAGUACUCAUUUUUCAAGGUGUACUGGGAGUUUCUUGUUCCUCGAUUUGAAAGGGUGUGUGCCACAAUUUAAGAACCCAGAUCAUAUCUGUCUGGCAUGCGAACGAUGGUACCCUCAAGUCCACCUUUGAGCACAUCGUCCCAGUUACUGCUCUCGUUUUCAUUUAUGCAUACAUAUAGUUCAAGUACUGUAACGAGCAGUUGCUGUAAUUAAACGGCAGUCCAGUGCCUGAAUAUGAGAAUCGCUUGUUUUAAGAAGAACAAGACUGAGUCAAUAGGGUACGUCACCUCAUACAUUAUUUUUGAAUGUUUUCUUUCCAUCGCGACUAGGACAUUGAUCUUGUUGAUUGGAUGUCCAUCUCUAAAUAAAUAUGACAUCAGUGUCAGCCGUAAACUUGGACUGCAGUGCUGCACCAGUGCACUCGUGUUUUUGUUAGUAGCAACUACCUAUCAGCUCAGAUGAGAUCAGCACAUUGUAGAAAAACACAGUGUUAUCCACUUCCCUUCUAGGCCGUUCUCUAUCACACCUUGACCUGUGAUUUGACAGUCGCUUAAUAGCCAAUCCCGGCCUGUGCGGAGCUACCUAGCUGAGAGGGGUAGGACACCAGCCGCCACCCUAGACAUCCUUUGAUUCUGGGUAGAAUUCCUAUGAUAAGAAUGGAGUAGUACCGAAAGGUGCGCUGCAGGCUUGUCCAAAUGGAAUAUGAGAUAGUCACUGUGCUUUAUAGGCAAGGAUGGUAAAGAAGCUCCUCAAUGCAGCAGUGAAAGCACUGCAUCGAGAUCAAUUGAAUGGUCCGAUUCGCAGUUGGUCUGCUCAAGUUACAGUAUUGAUAUAGUUCGUGUGACAGACAAAUCAAGG